UUAGAACGAAAGAAAGGGGAAAUGGAGCAGACAAUUCAGAACAUUUCUAGCUCGAGCCACAAAAUUGAUGAAAAUAUGAGGGAUUCAGGAGACCAAGCUGAAGCUAAUAAUUGCUUAAUAAUGAGCGAGAUGACAAAGAAAAAUAUUGAUCAAAGUGCAAUCAAAAGAGAGUUAAAUAAAGAUGCAUCAAACGAGCAGAAAAGGAUGAUACUCAGAAUCAGAGAACUCAAUAAAAACUCCUUAUAUAGCAACCUUACUUUUGAAGAGAAAAAUAAAAUAAUCAGAUCUAAUUUACCCAUAAAUUUGUACACACAUUUUGAAAGGAAUCAAGCAACUAAGCCAAAGCCUAUUCCUAAGAAGUCUGAUAUUGAUAUCAUGAAAACUAGCGUCGCAGAUUUAAAUAAAAGUUUUAAAGAUUUCAGAAAAUAGCAUGAUUGACUUUAAAGGAAUUGGGAAAAAUCCAAGAUCUAUUAGCCCUUUCAAGCGAGAAAAUCCUGCAGAGAAAGAAAGGACGGCUAGUGAGAUGAAAAAACCUUCUGAUUUCAAAGAUCUAAAUUCAUUACCUAAUAACUAUACUAUUCCAGUCAAUAACACAGGGUCACAGAAGAGAAUGUCAAAGAAAGAAUUGAUGAAGAGAGCAAGAGCCGGAGUAUUUACAUGAUUAAUUUUUACAGAAAAUAACACCACCUCCAGGCUCCAAUAUUCCAAGAAAGCUGGAUCGGGAGAUCAGAUUAAAUGAUCAGACUAGCAGUAA